ACUGCAUCAUCCAUUUUUCAGGCAUGUACACUAGAAUGUGAAGGAAAGCUGCCUUCUGCCAAAGCCUGGGAGACCUGCAAGGAGCUCCUGCAGCUGGCAAAGCUGGAUCUUUCGGAGGAUGGCAACAUUGCUCCAGGAGACAAGAAAGAGCUGGAUGAGAACCAUUUGCUUGCGAAGAAGUACGGAGGCUUCAUGAAAAGAUACGGGGGGUUCAUGAAGAAAAUGGAUGAGCUCUAUCGGAUAGAACCAGAGGAUGAAGCUAACGGAGGAGAAAUCCUGGCUAAGAGGUAUGGAGGGUUUAUGAAGAAAGACUCAGAUGACGAUGCCCUUGCGAAUUCCUCUGAUCUGCUGAAGGAGCUUCUAGGAACAGGGGACAACCCUGAAGCGGGGCAUUACCGAGAGAUAAAUGAAAAUGACGGGGAUGUCAGCAAAAGGUAUGGAGGGUUCAUGAGAAGCAUAAAGCGCAGCCCCGAAUUGGAAGAUGAAGCCAAAGAGCUGCAGAAGAGAUACGGUGGUUUCAUGAGAAGAGUGGGCAGGCCAGAAUGGUGGCUAGAUUACCAGAAACGAUACGGUGGGUUUCUUAAGCGCUUCGCCGACUCCAUUCUCCCUUCAGAAGAAGAUGGGGAAACUUAUUCCAAAGAGGUUCCAGAGAUGGAAAAGAGAUAUGGUGGAUUUAUGAGAUUUUAAUACCUUCCCUUUUGUCCCAAAUGAGAAAGACUGCCUUAUUGGUCAUAACUUAUUGUAACGUGUUGCUUGUACUGUACAGUUUUUUACUGUCCUUGGUUAAUGAUGCAACCUGUGAUUUGUUGUUUCAGGUUCUGUGUUCUUUCAAGUCAAAUAACUAAUUUCUGUUUUAGUCAAGUUUCAGUCUGUAUUGUAGUUUCCAUGCUAGAACUAUUUUGAUUACUGUAUUCAUUUUCUUUAAAGAGGAAGUACAUCUACAGUAGAGUUGCUUAACUGUAUAUACAAUAAAUUCUUCAUCCUAACUGCAUAAA